UGACAUCACUCUGGCUCUCCACCCAAAGCCACGGGCUGGACUCUGGGCCAACGAGGUGUGGCGGAGCUCAGCUGCAGAGAGAGGCGGCACAGACAUCGCCACCGAGCUCCAGGCUGUGAGGAGGAGCUCUGAGCUCCGACUUGAGACCGGAGGCAAGUGCCUGCCAGUUCCAGGCCCAGGCCACAGACUCCCGAGCCUGUAAGUUCCCUGAGGCCCUGGCCUGACCAGCAGCAGCAGCUAAGAGCUUGGGGACACUGGUGAAGCCAAGGAGGCGUGCUCACCCAACCCAGAGCUGCAUCCAGCCUCCGUCACCGAAGACUCCAGUUUGGAGAGGAGAAUCGCUCCAACUGCUCCCAGGCACUAUAACACCGUAAACUUUAGGGAACAGACUUUGUGGCCAGAAACCUGUGAUGAAGAUGCCCCUGUCCUCAGGAAGCUGGAGGUAGAUCGGUUCCCAGGAGGCUCUGGGGCAUACCACCGCCUGGUUCCCACCAUGAGGGAUCUGCCAGCACUGCCUUCCCACUGGGUCUGGCUACUCUGGCCCUUCUGCAGCUUUCAGGUGUGUGGCACCCAGCUCAGAGCCCAGGAACAUCCAGGGUUUGCGGUCCUGGCUUCUGCUUCUCAUUACUGGCCAUUGGAAAAUGUGGACGGGAUCCUUGAACUUCAGGACACAACUGGAGCGUUGCGAACCCACAACCUCACUGUGCCUCCUUCCCACAAUGCUACCUUUGUCUUUACCAAUGAUUCUGCCUACUCCAACUUCUCUGCGACUGUAGACAUCGUAGAAGGGAAGGUCAACAAAGGUAUUUACCUCAAGGAGGAGAAGGGGGUGACAUUCCUCUACUAUGGCAGCUACAAGUCGUCCUGUAUCAGCAACCCUGCCCAGUGUGGACCUGAGGGAGUGACAUUUUCAUUCUUCUGGAAGACUCAAGGGGAGCAGCCUCGACCAGCCUCCUACGCUUAUGGGGGACAGGUCAUCUCUGAUGGUUUCAAAGUCUGCUCUAGCGGUGGAAAGGGCUCCGUGGAGCUGUACACGCGGGAUAAUUCCAUGACGUGGAAGGCCACCUUCAACCCUCCAGGUCCUUACUGGACUCAUGUCCUGUUCACGUGGAAGUCCAAGGAGGGCCUGAAAGUCUACGUCAAUGGGACUCUGAGCACCUCAGACCCGAGUGGGAAAGUGUCUCACACCUAUGGCGAGCCCCAUGUCAAUCUGGUUAUAGGGUCUGAGCAGGACCAGACCAAGCGUAACGAGAACGGAGCUUUUGAUGAGUUCAUCAUCUGGGAACGUGCGCUCACUCCCGAUGAGAUCAAGAUGUACUUCACAGCUGCCAUUGGUAAACACUCUCUGUUGUCUUCAACACCACCAGCGAUGCCUACAGCACACUCAGUGAUGCCCACGGAUGCCUACCACCCAAUCAUCACCAACCUGACAGAGGAGAGGAAAUGCUUCCAGAGACCUGAAACCGUGCUGCGAUACCUUCAAAACGUGUCCCUCAGCUUGCCCAAUAAAUCCCUCUCAGAGGAAACAGCACUGAACCUCACACAGACCUUCUUAAGAACCGUGGGCGAGGUGCUUCUACUGCCCAGCUGGACCCAUGUAUCAGAGGACAACACCAUGACGCUGGGCUUGGUCGACACCAUCGAUACCGUCAUGGGUCACAUAUCAUCCAACCUGCAGCCCAGAGAAACCCAUGUCACCCUCGCAGGCUCUUCCUCCAUGGCAGAUUUCUCCGUGGCCAAGAUUCUUCCCCCAGCACUGAGUGCCCCCCACUAUAGAUUCCCAGCCCACGGGCACAGCUACAUUGAGAUCCCAAGAGAGGCCCUUCACAGCAACGCCUGGACCACGAUUGUCGGCCUCCUCUACCACUCCAUGCACUACUACCUGAACAGCAUCCCCCCAGCCAGCACAAAGAUUCCUGAGGCUGUGAACUGCAGAGACUGCCUGCUGUCUGUCGCCAGCCACCUGAUCUCCCUGGAGGUGUCCCCACCGCCCACUCUGUCCCAGAACCUAUCGGGCUCUCCUCUGAUCACCGUCCAUCUCAGGCACAAACUGACUCAUAAGCAGUAUGUCGAUGCCACCAAUGAGAGCAACCGCCUCUUCCUGUAUUGCGCCUUCCUUAACUUCAGCUCCGGGGAAGGCGUCUGGUCAAGUCAGGGCUGUGCGCGCACAGAGGGAAACCUCACCCACUCGGUGUGCCGCUGCACCCAUCUCACCAACUUUGCCAUCCUCAUGCAAGUGGUCCCACUGCAGCUCACCCGUGGACACCAGGUGGCGCUGUCGUCCAUCAGUUAUGUUGGCUGCUCUCUGUCAGUUCUCUGCCUGGCUGCCACGCUGGUCACCUUCGCAGUACUGUCCUCUGUCAGCACCAUCCGGAACCAGCGCUACCACAUCCAUGCCAACCUGUCCUUUGCUGUCCUGGUGGCCCAGGUUCUGCUGCUCAUCAGCUUCCGCGUGGAGCCUGGCACGGUCCCAUGCCAGGUGCUGGCCGUCCUCCUGCACUACUUCUUCCUGAGUGCCUUUGCCUGGAUGCUGGUGGAGGGACUGCAUCUCUACAGCAUGGUGAUAAAGGUCUUCGGGUCAGAGGACAGCAAGCAUCUCUACUAUUAUGGGAUCGGCUGGGGGUGCCCUCUCCUCAUCUGCAUCAUCUCCAUAUCAUCCUCUAUGGACAGCUAUGGGACAAGUGACAGCUGCUGGCUGUCACUGGGGAGUGGUGCCAUUUGGGCUUUUGUGGGCCCUGCCCUGCUGGUCAUUGUGGUCAACAUUGUUAUUCUGGUAGCUGUGACGAGGGUCAUUUCCCACGUCAGCACCGACAACUACAAGAUACAUGGGGACCCCAGUGCCUUCAAGUUGACAGCCAAGGCUGUUGCUGUGUUGCUACCCAUCCUGGGAACCUCAUGGGUGUUUGGGGUGCUUGCUGUCAGUGACCGGGCCCUGGUCUUCCAAUACAUGUUUGCUGUACUCAACUCCUUACAGGGUCUCUUCAUCUUCCUCUUUCACUGUCUCCUAAACUCAGAGGUGAGAGCAGCCUUCAAGCACAAGACCAAGGUCUGGUCCCUCACGAGCAGCUCGGCCCGUACCACAAACACCAAACCCUUCAGUUCUGACAUCGUCAACGGGCCCCGGCCAGGCAUGGCAUCUACAAAGUUAAGCCCAUGGGACAAGAGCAGCCAUUCUGCCCACCGUGUGGACCUAUCCGCUGUGUGAUCAGGGUAGCUGCCACUCAAAACAAGUGCCUCCCCCGAAGCAGAGAACAAAUGCACAUCCUGCCUCCGUCAUGGGUCCCUCCCCUUGCUGCCUCGACCUGGGAUCACGGCCCCGACCUAUGCCUGUGCAGAGUGUCCUGCCUAGCACUGCAAGUUGACUCAGGGUGGUGUGGCCAGCCAUGGUGCAGCCUGUCUUCCCUGAUGGGGUAGGCACUUCUAUUCUCUGUGGACACCAGAGCGCAAUGUAGCCAGAGUGUGAACCUCCCUUGUUACCAUGCGCACAGAGCACCGUACCAGCAAGACUGUGGUAAAUGAGAUGUAAGGAUGCAGCUACCAGAAGGCAUGGCCUCAGCCUUCAUGGAGACUCAGAGUCCUGAGGGGUACUUAAGGUCCUCUGUGUCUCCAGAGGGUCAACAGAGGUAGCAAUGAUGCCAGUAUCAAUUGGAAUGGCCAUCUUCAUAUAAGGGGACACUAACUGGGCCACCUCCCACCCUAGCUGUGCAUCAGUUCUGGGGUCUCUGCCUUUGCCUGCCUGGAGUCUCCCACUAUCCUGUGUAUGGAACCUUGUGAAGACAGCCUAACGGAGCCACUGCAUAGGAAAUGACUCAGCCUGUUGUUGCAAGGUGUGCCUCGCUGGACCGUCAGAGUCAGCCUUUGGAUGCCUUCUUCAAACAUGAGCCUCUUUCCUGUCCACUUCCUCCUCCAGGGCUGAGAUUCCAUGCUGGGUAUCUGCCUGCGUCUGUAUCUCCUGGUUUUCUGGGGGUCUAGCCACCCCUAUGGUCUGCUUUCUUGUUACUUAGACAUGUCACCUCUGUAUAAGAGCCAACGAGACACCAGACAGCUCAGACAUUGGAUGUCCCUCUUGUCAUACACCAGACCAAUCACAUUGUAGAGACUGAUUUCUUCUCAUUAGUGACCAUACCAAGUCCCUACUGCUAGGCAGGGUGACCACUGGAGGCUUUUGGGUUGGUGUGAGUGGACAAAAUCAGACUUGGUCCUGGGAAAGUACAGUCAUUGUGACAACUGCAUGUCACCAAGACCCUCAUGUGGGUGGGGAAUCACAGAGAAUUAUGGAACAGGCUGUGAAGGACCAACUAGUGUGACAGAAACAUAAGUGUCUGUGACAUGCAUGGCCCAGAUAGCCAGUCUGGCCCCAAUACUGGAAAACCCUCUCUUCCCAUGACAUCCUUGAGCCCCUACCCCCACUCUCUCUUGGCUUUAGAACAUGUUCGAACUCAGUUCUAUGGAUCUUUUUGGCUUAACUUGUUUUUUUUUUUUUUCUCCACUGCAGUGAAGUGGAGUCAGGGCAGGGCCUGGCAUAGCCAGGCAAGCACUCCACACUGAGCCACACCCCAGCCCUCAAGUGACAGUCCCCAUGCAGGCAUCUCUUCCAGAAGCCAUAAGGCCACAGGAUCAGACUUUGUUCCGUCCAAGCCAGGACUUAAAUCUAUCAGCCAACUGGGGCCCUGUGACCCACCCUCCUGCAGCCCCUUUGGCCAACACAACCUGAGGCUGUGCCAAGACUCUGUGUUUGGUGAGAAGUCCUGUCUAUAGAAUGUGUGUGGUCACUGCUCAGCAUCUCACUACGCCUCAAACCAGACACCAGUGACCCAGGGUCCGACCUGCCUUGCUGAGCUCCCAGUAGUGAGAACACUGUAAGCCCCCCAUGCAUGCUGGGCUCCCACUGAGGCAAGGCAGGCCAGAACGGUCUUCAUUCCCAGUGGGAUUCUCAGUUUCUGGCUUUUUGUAAUCCUCGCUCUUAUGUAGCUGAUAUAUCAAGAGAAGUCAAGAGCAAACCCCGUCUCGGCUUCCCGUUUCCAGUGAGUGAAAGCGUGUGGUUUAUUUAUAGGCUACCUACUUUGGCUUCUGCAAUCAUUUAUUAUCUGUGUGUAAUUUGGCCCCGUAUAAAUUAGGAAGAAUGGUGUGUGUGAGUAGUUUACAGCAGAGGGAAGAUGAUGAGUUGCUGCUAUAGUGAAGACAUGUUGCGAUUUUGAUGAAAUAAACUCUUAAUGUCCUUAA